GCUCUCCUUAUCCCAGAAUGCACCGCGCGGCCCAUUGCCGACGCAAGGGCAACGUUCAGGAGUGAGUUAAUACGAUUCCAAUCUCCUCAAAAGUAGCUCUGGAGUACAGCUACGACCAGAAGUGACUUUUCGUAGCAGGUUAGGAGAGCAUUUUAGCUAAGUCUCCUAACCUGCCACGUUAAUUGUCCUAACCUACUACGAAAAAGAUAAUUCCGGUCGUAGCUAUACUCCGUCGAGUCAUGCAGCGUUCACAUGCUAGUUGGGGACUAGAAAAGUCUAAAGUGUUCAACCUGCUAACUGGUUGUAGUUAUACACGUGCCGCGUUCAACGAAUCAGCAAGUCGGAAAUUGUGAACGCAGUAUCAGAACCCGCAUCGAGCUACCCGGGCGUCAGAUUUGACAGCAGAAGCUACGCAGCCAAGUUUAUUUGAAGUUUUUACACAGCCAGCAAAAACCUACGACUCAGUCUGUAGUGUGGAUUGUAGAGGUUUCAAUCAAUAUGAUUUUACUGACAAUGAUCGCUCGAGUAGCAGAUGGUCUGCCGCUUGCUGCAUCGAUGCAAGAAGACGAGCAGUCAGGAAGAGACUUGCAACAUUACCAGAGCCAGGCUAAGCAGCUGUGCCGCAAACUAAAUGCCCAGAGUCCCAAUAGAUGUACUCUGGAGGCUGGGGUCAUGUCCUUCCACUAUGUAAUAGAACAUGGCGUGUGCUACUUGGCCUUGUGUGAAGCUGUGUUUCCCAAGAAACUGGUAUUUGGGUACCUGGAAGACCUCCAGACAGAAUUCAAUGAACAGCAUGGAAAGAAAGUCCCCACAGUCUCCAGGCCGUACUCUUUCAUUGAGUUUGAUGUGUACAUCCAGAAGACAAAGAAGAACUACAUUGACAGCAGGGCGCGGAGGAACCUGGGCAGCAUCAACACAGAACUGCAGGACGUCCAGCGUAUCAUGGUGGCAAACAUUGAAGAGGUCCUGCAACGAGGAGAGGCCUUAUCUGCUCUCGACACCAAAGCCAGCAAUCUGUCCAGCCUUUCAAAGAAGUACCGCAGCGAUGCCAAGUACCUCAACACCCGAUCCAUCUAUGCCAAGAUAGCAGCCGGGGCAGUCUUCUUCAUUACACUCAUCGUCUAUAUGCGUUUCUGGUGGAUCUGAUGGAUUGGCAUAAGGACUUUGAAGAGUGAGAACCAGUGUGUCCAGUGCACAGGCCCCCUGAUCUCCCCAUGUCUGCCAGCAGGGGAGGACCUAACGCCCCAGCUCAUGCUGUAUGGGGUGGGCCGAAGGCCUAUUCCACAAAAGACCUUCACCAAGCUCUGGCCCACCCUCACAUGUCUGAAGGAAGCAAUGUGGUCCUCCCGCAACCUGCUGGUAGCGAAACGAGUAUAGAGCACCCCCCAGGCAGUGGCCAUGGUAGCCACGGAAGCCCUGGGGUGGAACAGAAGAAAGGGGUUCUCGACCCCAAGUGAAGGGUCCCCCACAACACCCAAGGUCCCGACGUCCAUGGCCUGACAGCGCUGCGGCACCUAGGGCGAUGCGCCUAUGGGAGGGAUCUCCUCUGGGCCUGAAGUACAGGACGGUAAUUGAUUCGGAAGAGCAGGAGGAGGCGAGUUCGAUAAGGACUCACCCCGCUCCUGUACAAAGGAAGGAAGAUAGCUUUUUAACAAAGUUAUUUUUUUUAACGUUUUCAUGUCUUAAAAAUGUUUUACUUUUGUUAAAUCAUUUGCACACAUUUUAAAUGGCUUUUACAGAUUUGAUGUUUUUACAAGGAAAAGUACUUUUAUUAAUGGUUGUUUCGAUUGUUUUUAACAACAUGUUGUCACAAAUUAAGUCGUGGUGUUGCAGAGAGGAGGACCAAAACGCAGCGGGUAUGUGGAUAUUCAUUCUUUAAUGAAUAAAAAAACGAAAGCAUCCACAGGGAAAAAAAACAAAAACAAUGAACAGUACUCACGAUACGACA